AUGGCGACGUCCACGAGCGCCACACAUGCACAGCCUAUUCCGGCGUCUCGAGCGCCUCAACGUACCAACAUCAUGAUCCCCAAGUCUGUACAGACACUGAAGAGCCCACAUUUGACGCUGGAUACAAUGUCUCCGGUUACGCAGAACGGCUCGUUCGAGUUCGAUCGAGUGAUCAAGAGCGGCCGAGUUCUGAAGCGUACUCGGAAAACGAAGUCAUGGAAGCCAGUAUACCUUGUCCUGCGACCCAAUCUGCUAUCUAUAUAUCGUGACUCGGACGAAUCGAAACUCAAACAUCAGAUCAACCUGUCAGAUCUCACAGCAGUUGCUCGGCAGAAGGACCCUAAGAGGAAGGAGAAGCAUGUCUUUGGCCUGUUCUCACCGUCCCGGAACUUCCAUCUCGAAGCUUCAAGCGAUAAAGAUGCACAACAUUGGGUCGAGCUUGUAAGACGAGAAGCACGUAUGGACGAAGAGGAAGAAGAGGAGAUAUAUCUUGCAAGCCCUGGAGGAGCGAGAAGUGCGUAUCGAGGCUUUGGCCGCAGCAUAGAUGCCGUAGCCACUGCUGCGACCGAUGCCGGAGGGUAUAGCUCCUCUGAUGGCGAAGGUACGGGUGGAACACACACUCUCCCCAAACAGCGAGACCGUGGGAGUACCAACGUGAGUGCCUUCAGUGGGUUCAGUGCACGUCGACCGUCACAAGCGGAGUACUCUGGUCCAGAACAUGGCUCGUACUCCGACUUCUCCGACUCUGGUGGUGCCGCUGCUGCACAGCUGUCAGCCUUGUCACUAGCAUACAGCGACGCUCGGCCUUCGACCAGCUCGCAGCCACGUCAAGCAGGAACGAACUCAGUAUAUGGCUCAUCGUCAAGUAGACCAGGCAUGGGAGCAAGAAGUGCGAGUCAGAUGUCUAUGCCGGGCUUUAGUCCGAUUACUGACCCGACCAAGAACUCCGUCUACCAACAGCAGAACCCACAAGGCAACGAAAGAGUAAUCUAUCACGGCUGGAUCUACCUCUUGAGAAGCAAGCGUGGAGUCCGCCAGUGGAAGAAGAUCUGGAUGGUCCUCCGGGCGAAAGCAUUGGCACUUUACAAGAACGAAGAAGAGUAUACUGCUUUGCUAAUACUACCAUUCCCGACAAUCAUCGAUGUGGUGGAAAUAGACCCGAUAUCGAAGAGUAAGACAGCUUGCAUGCAGGUACUGAGCGAGGAAAGGAAUUACCGCUUUUGUGCGACAGACGAGGAGAGUCUUGCGAAGUGGCUUGGUGCUCUGAAGAGCUUGUUGAGCAAGCGCAAGGGCAAAGAAUCUGUUGUUUCAUUACAACAAGGAGGCGCUGUGCAGCCGCUGGUUACAGCAACCGCCGCAUGA